UUCCUCCGGCCCAACUUUUGCCUGUCGCUGACGAGCCCCUACCCCUCCUCCCUCCCGUCCUCACUCCGCCGCCGCUGACCUCGAGUUUCUCCGGGCCCUACGCCCACCUCCAGCUCCGGGGUCCGCCCCGCCGCCGCGCUGUCGCGGAGCGUAUUCGAUCCGAGCUCGAGUUCCAGUGCAGCCUUGCCCGAAUUUCCCGGUCGCUAAGUCCAACCCCAGCCCAGGCCUGCUCGACUUCGCGCCCACCGCGAGCUCUCGCUGAUGACCACCGCGCCGUCCCUCUCUCCCUCGCUCUCCCGACUACACUCCGCACGGGCCUCUCCGUUCCCCAAAUCCCCGCUGAGGUCCGGGGCCGGGGUCGCCUUCCCCGCUCGGCCGUACGGACCAUCGCUUCGCCUGAGGUCGCCUGCCAUGGCCGCCAGCGGCGUCGGCGGGAACGGCUCUCCGAUGGCGCCCGAGGACUCCACAGGUGUGUCAUCUAGGUUGGGAGAGGUCAAGCGGGUAACCAAGGAGACAAAUGUGCAUGUCAAGAUCAACCUGGACGGCACUGGUGUUGCCAACUCCAGCACAGGGAUACCCUUCUUGGAUCACAUGCUUGAUCAACUGGCAUCUCAUGGACUGUUUGAUGUAUACGUGAAGGCGACGGGUGACACACACAUUGAUGAUCAUCACUCGAAUGAGGAUAUUGCUUUAGCAAUUGGAACGGCAUUACUUCAAGCACUUGGUGACCGAAAAGGAAUCAACCGGUUUGGACAUUUUACAGCACCACUUGAUGAGGCAGCAGUUGAGGUUAUACUGGAUCUAUCUGGUCGACCUCAUUUGAGCUGUGGCUUGAGUAUUCCUACUGAGAGAGUUGGGACAUAUGAUACACAGCUAGUUGAGCACUUUUUCCAGUCCCUUGUGAAUACAUCUGGGAUGACGCUUCACAUCCGUCAGCUUGCGGGGAACAACUCGCACCAUAUUAUUGAGGCAACUUUCAAAGCAUUUGCCAGGGCGCUUCGACAAGCAACGGAAUAUGACUUACGCCGACGUGGCACUAUACCCAGCUCGAAAGGUGUUCUGUCAAGGUCGUAGUGUCGCAAGACCAAAAACUGGAUGCACGCCAUUCGCCCUCGAAGUGGACAGAUGGACGGUCGCCUACUACAUCUCUGUUGCUACUUGCGCUUGGAGUCCGCUGGGCUUGCAACAAGAAGAGCGUCGAAAUGACCUGCCAUCUUGUCGUCAGGGUUUGUUUAUGUUGCUACCAUUGGCACAAUGUAUCUGCUGACCGCUGCAAUUUCGGCUGUUCCCUGGACCAACCGCUGCUUCGGAUUGCAUGCCUGAAGAUAAAAGGCUGCAAACGACUUGACAUUCUGAAAUUAUUUAUACCUCUGAAAUAUGGAUUUGGCAUCGGUUCACGUGGCGUUGUGCCUGUGAUAAUGGUUUGGCCACUCAAGAGAAUAAAGCAAAACUCAUAGUACUA